AUGCGCUUCUUCCAUCUCUCUUUACUUAUUGCAGCUAUGAGCCAGACAAGCACGGUAGCUUCGCAGCCGCUUGCCGUCGCUCGAUCUGUUCAAGAUCCUGACAAUCCAAAUGGCAAUCCACCACCUGCUUUCGAUACACCUUCUAUCCCUCCACCUAUUGUCGGUCCACCUCCUGUCGAUGAUGGCGCUCCACCUGUUGAAGGUCCCGUCAAUCCACCCGUUUUCGUUCCACCUCCUGACGAUGGUGUCGCUCCACCUUUACCUCCUGACCCGAUCGCCAUAGUCUAA